GGGAUUAGAACCCAUGACUUCUGACUCCCAAGCCUGGGCUCUUUCCACCGAGCCACGCUGCUUCUCGGAGGAGUGAAUGACUGCCCAGCCCUCCCCCUCCAGACCGGUCCCUGAAGCAUCCCGGCAGACCCCGCCGGCCCAGCCCGCCGGCCCCCAGGACCGCCGCUUCCAGCCGAGCGCACCUGGCCGGCCCGGUCACCAUGGAAACCGUCAGCGGCUCCCGCGUGGAAGGAACAAAGCCUUCUGAGGCGGCCGGCGGGGAGCCCAGCAGCCGGGUCCCCGAGGCGGCCGGGGAGGGGGCCGGGGCCGAGCCGGCCCCGGCCCCCGGGCCCGGCAAGCUGCGGAAGACGGCGCUGAAACUGUUCGGGGGCAAGAGGGGCAUCUGCACGCUGCCCAGCCUCUUCGGGGGGGGCCGCAGCCGGGGCCCCGGGAAGGGGGCCGCCAGGAAGGGGCAGAGCAGGACACACGACGGAUUGGGCCAGGUGGCCGGGGGCUCGGACCCCCCCGGGGAGGCCAGGCCGCCGCCCGGCUCGCAGAGCGCCCAGGGGGCCCUGGGUCCGGGUCCGGCACCGGGUGGGCCCGAGGCCGCCGGCGGCGAGCGCCUGCCCCCGCCGCAGCGGCCCAGGCGGGGUCUGAAGGGGCUGCUCAGCAGCAUCCGCCUCCACAAGAAGAGCCGGGCGGCGGCCCCGGGGACCCCCCGGGAAGCUCAGGCGGGUCCUUCCGGCUCAGCCACCCCUCCCACCUCCGGCGGCUCGGACGCCUCGGGCGACCGCGGGCCGGGGAAGUCGGAGCCCGCCGCGGCAGCCGAGGGGACGGGGCCGGCCGGUCCCGGCGGCCCCUCGCCGGCCCGGGCCGCCGAGGCUGACCCGGCGGGGCCCGCGGCGGCCGACCGGGAGGAGGGGCCCGGGGCGGGGGAGCCGGCCCCCGGCCCCUCGGGCGACCAGCUGAGCCUCCUGUUCGGGGACGUGACGUCGCUGAAGAGUUUUGACUCCCUGACCGGCUGCGGGGACGUCACGGCGGAGCAGGACGAGGACAGCCUGGCCGAGAGCACGGUGUCUGGCGAGAGGGGGCCGGGGCGGGAGGCGGCCAAGCGCAGCUCCUGUCUGGUCACCUACCAGGGUGGCGGGGAGGAGAUGGCCAGCCCGGACGGGAUGGAGGAGGCGGAACGGCCCGCUGAGGGAGGCGGGCGGCCGGCGUGGGAGAGCCCGGCCCCGGCGCGGGGGGAGUCCCCCCCGGGGGACCGAUGCCCGCAGCCCCGGAGCCCCCCGCCGCCCGGGGACCUUCUGUCUCCCCAGAGCGACCAGCCGGAGUCGGCCCCCAACAGCGACGAAGGUUACUACGACUCCAUGACCCCGGGGCCCGAGGAGGAACCGGGGCCGGCCCGGAGAGACCGCCUGCCUAGGGACAGCUACAGCGGCGAUGCCCUGUACGAGUUCUUCGACCCCGAGGAGGAGGACCUCGGCGCCUCCCCCGCGGGGGAUGAGGGGCUGUUUGAAGCCUUCGGGGACUUCGGCCCCUGGCCCUUGGGGAAAGGGACCGCCCGGGCGGUGGUGGAGACCGAGGAGGAGCGGCUGGCGGCCCUGCAGAGACAGCUGCUGUACUGGGAGCUGCGGCAGGACGGGCUGAGGGGCCGGGGGGAGCAGGAGCCGGGGGGACCCCCGGGCCCCGGCUGGAGCGCCCCGACGCCGGGGAGAGGCGGGCGGGAGGCGUUGGGCCAGGGGCGCGGGGCCGUUGGGACGGAGAGGGGCCCGGAGGGGCCGGGGGAGACUGAGGCCGAGCUGGCGGUGAGCUUCUCCCAGGCCUUGGUGGCGUUCGGCGGCGGCGGCGGCGGUGGCGGGACGCUCUUCUCCAGCCUGUCGGGCAGCUCGGCCUCGGACUCCUCCUUCACCCAGAACCUCCCAGCGCUGCCUGCCAUGGUGACCUUCGACAUCGUGGAUGUGGAGCGGGAGGGCGAGGGCGAGUGCGAGGACGCCCACGAGCACCUGGCCGCCUCCCUGGAGACCUUCGACGCCUGCUUCUCCCCUCCCAAGGAGGUCGGGCUCGGGAGCGUGGGCCGCCCCGGCUGGGCCCUGGCCUCCGGUCCCUUCGGCGGCUUCCCCUGGGGCGUGGGCAGCCUCCCUCGCCACCUGGGCCUGCCCGGCCUGAGCCCCCCGCCCCCGCCGGCCCCCACGGCCCUCGGCCGGCGCAGCCGCUCCCUGGACACGGAGAGCCUGGACCUCGAGCUGGCCGGUCGCCACCCCGCCGGGGGCUGCAGCGGGGCUGGAGAGGGCGGAGACGGUCUGUUCUUCGGGCCCCGGGCGCCCGGCUGGCCCUGUUCCCUUCCGCGCUCGAGGCCCGCCGCUCCCCCGCGGGCGGGCGUGGACGCGCCUCCCUCUCGGGGGCGGCCUCCCGGCGGCCCCUUGGCGCGCUCGGAGCCGCGGGCUCCCGGCUACGCCGUCCGGCCGUGCGACUUGCCCCUGGCGGGGCCGGCGAAGCCGGGCCAGGAGGCCCAGAGGACCCGGGCAGAGAGAGGGACCAGAGCCCCCGGGCAGCAGAGAGGACCUGGGGGCUGCCUCCCGAAAAGUCUCGGGGCCGGGCAGGGCCACCGAACCAUGGAGGCGUGACCCUUGAUGUGGGAGGGAUGGCUUGGAGACCCCUUUCUCAUCUGCUGCCAGCCAACACGGAACGGUGGGCCUUGGG